UUAAGGCUCCAUCUCAUGCUCCCCGUCAUCCACACACAUGCACACCCGCGCACCAAGAAGAAUCGGAUCCCACAUGGCCAGCACCUCGGAGCACAUGAGCUUUCCAAGCCAUUUUAUUAACGUGGCCGAAUGCACAGGAUUAUUCUUCAUCUCAAACCCCGUGCUUGACGACAGAAUACACGGGUGACUUGAGAGUGGCCGUAAUGGCCAAACCACCGCGUUUCGGAGCGACCGAACCGCUUCAUGUCUUCCAGGACGACUAUUUCAACCACCCGAAUCUCAUGUCUAGUCACGCUCCAUUGCCUGCACCAAUGAAACCACAACGAAAACCUCUACAGAGCAGGAAUGGCAACGUCAUACUGAACCCCCCAAGCAGCUCGUCGGUGAACCAGUCGCCAUUCAAAUCCAACAUGCGAACAGCCGGUCCGCCACUCACCCCUCUGAACCCUUCCCAAAGGAACAAGCUCAAUAUGGUUCCCAUGAUACCGCCCACGAACCAGCCACACUCGACGGAUUCUUUGCAAAAGAAGCAGCCUCUGAUGUCGAGAUUCAAGACGGUAGCGCAGAAACCCACACCUGAAGGGGGCGUUCCCCCGAAGGUCAGGGAGAAGGUACACCAACCAAUAUAUCCAGCACCUCCAACAUUCAACAUAUCCCUGGAGACAUACUGUCCCAAACCCGCAGGGAAACGCAUGUUGCUAGACCCUGCGCCUAUAAAGGAGCUACGACCGGCAAAGAAGCCACGAUUGGACGACUCAUUGCUUCCGCCGCACGACUCGUUUCCCCCGAUUAUCGACGACGGAGUGAAGCCAGGACACAGCUACGCCCAACUUAUUGGCAUGGCCAUCCUCCGAUCCCCUCAACGGCGACUUACACUGGCUCAGAUUUACAAGUGGAUCUCGGACAACUUCUCGUUCUACAGCGCCCAAGAUGCCGGCUGGCAGAACAGCAUCCGGCACAAUCUCAGUCUGAACAAGCACUUCAUCAAGCAGGAGAGGCCGAAGGACGAUCCAGGGAAAGGGAACUACUGGGCGAUCGAACCGGGGAUGGAGCACAUGUUUAUGAAGGAGAAACCUUCGCGGAAGCCGACCACGACAGCUGAGAAUCUCCCCGUCAUGUCUACUCGUCUUGAGCCAUCUCAACCGCCCCUGCCAAUUAUCCGAGAACCAAUCCAGCCGCCCCAAGUCCACCUGUGCCAGACCUCCUUGCCCCCUCUCCCAUCGCCAUCAUUUCAAGUAGCGCCUCAAGCGUUGGCGCCCGAGCUAUCGUCUGACGCCACAAUACUGGUGUCUGAUGCUGCCGGCCCGGAUGAUGUCGCCGAGAAGACAGUUGAGAGCGACAUGAACAAUGACGCAGGCUUGUACUCUCCUCUCCCAGCCACCAUGCACUCAUCCCCUCCUAUUCCAAAGCAUAUCGACAUGCACCCCAGCGGCACGCCGCCUCCCAUGCGGAGGAUUCAUGGCUCCUCUGCCACCAAAUCUCGUUCUCACAAACGCAAGUUUGCUUCGAUGGACGACAGUGGCUACAUCUCAUCACUGGAAUCUUCAGCCAUGCGCCCUCAACAUCAUGCUGGACUUCCGUCCGAGGCUGACCGGCCGCGUAUCAAGCGUGGACGAGCGGAGGAGGAAAUUGCCCGCCUCCGUGCUUCAUCCUACGAUAGCCCUACAAAGGGCCGAUCGUGGAACGGCUAUGCUCCGCCAUCCUCAUCGCCGCUUCGGCAGCUCUCAUCUAAUGACUGCGGUCAAAUGCUCCCACCAUUGACGCCCGCGAUGAAGUUGAAGGCACCCCUGAAACCGCCACCGUCGGUCUCCCCCGGCACAAAUCUCCGUCUUCAUCGGGAGAAUGUGCAGUCCAUGAUUGACUCACCGUACCGGCGUGUGGCCUCCAUGCUUCCCAAAGGCGAGACUGUCCUGCAGCUCACGCCUGGCUUCAAUAUCGACGAAGUAUUCUAUGGGAUUGAGCGCAAGAGCGACGAUCUGUCGGCCGAGGGCGGCGACUUUGAUAUCUUCCAAGACGGCUCAUUCGCCCCAAUGUUCGCUCUUUCCCCGAUGGCCGCCGCCAAUGGGUCUCCGACGAAGCGCGCUGUGAAGAGGCAAAGACUCGAUCGUUCUCAGUCAACCAGCGCGCUGAACGUAAUGCCCCAUUCCGCGUCGUACAACUCGCUCAGCUCUUCUUCCUUCUUGAGGGUUCCCGGCCAACAAUCGAGCUCGGAGACGCCUAGCAAGGUCUUUGACGGCUUGCCAUCUUCUCCGAGCAAGCUAUUCUGUCUGCAAUCUCCUAGCAAGAUGUCCAUGCCUGUUGAUACUGAGAAUAUCGCCCCAUGGAUAUCAAUGGACGACCUGUGCUCACCAGAGUUCCUCGAGGACAAUGACUUCUCUGGAAUUGACAUGUUGGCCGGGUUUGAGAAGAUUGGAUCGAACAAUCCCCAACCACCGCGGCAUCCCAGACACUCGCAGAAGCCAGGCUUUGGGCGAAGCUAUACCACCACCUUCUAAUGCGGCAAACCCCCUUUUCUUGGGAGCCCGCUUCUCUGGCUUGCACCCAUCUUACCCUACAACCCCAUCUCCUAAACGACUCAUGACUGUUACGAAUGAUGAAUGAGCAUAACACCAUUCGGCGAAAUAUUACCCGCCCACUAUACCUAUUUCUUCCUCUCCAUUACUGUCGGUCAGGCUUGGCUCCCGGGCACAAUUCGUCCUGAA